AUGACUGAUGAAGAAUUAUUGAGUAUGCUGGAAAAUUCAGACGAUGAUUUCGGCUUGAGUUCUGGUACAGAUUUGGGGGAAGGAGAUUCUGGUGACGACGACGUCGAUCCAGAAUCGAUACAUCCGAUAAUGCAUAUUAAUAUUACAGAACAAGAAGAAGAAGAUAAUAUUUCAGAUACUCCUGUUCCUUCUACAUCAGGCUAUACGUGGAGCAAUAAGAAACCUACAGUGACACGUAUUCCUUUUACAAAAACAAAAGGACUGAAAGUUUAUCCUCAGGGAAAUAAUCCUAUUGAUUAUUUUAAUUUAUUAUUUGAUGACAAACUAUUUGAGUUGUUAGUGAAUGAAACAAAUAGGUAUACUGUUCACGUUUUUUUAUCUGGAUCUGGAAGUUCUACAUCUAGAAUAAAUGAGUGGAAAGAUACAAAUAUACAUGAAAUGAAGAUUUUUAUUGGAUUACUUUUUCAUACUGGAACUAUAAGGAUGAAUCGUUUACAAGAUUACUGGAAGAAAUGUGAGUUAUUUGAUUUGAAUUUUUUUCGAAAAUACAUUAGUAGAAAUCGUUUUUUGUUACUUUUGAGAACAUUACAUUUUAUUGACAAUGAUAAUCCAGAUACUAAUCGUUUGAAUAAAAUUUCACCACUUUCAACAUAUUUUAAUAACAAAAUGUCGGAUAUUUAUGAACCUGGUGAAAAUUUAUCACUCGAUGAGUCGAUGGUCUUGUUUCGAGGGAGAUUAGUCUUCCGUCAAUAUAUCAAAAAUAAACGGCAUAAAUACGGAAUCAAACUUUAUAUGCUUACUGAACCUGGGGGUUUGGUUCACAAAAUUAUUAUAUACUCUGGACAAGGACAUGACACGUCGACUGAUUAUAAUCAUACAGAAUAUGUUGUCAUAAAAUUAUUAGAAGGACUUGAUUCAUGUGGCAGAUCAUUAUAUAUGGAUAAUUAUUACAAUAGUGUAAAAUUAGCUCAUAUACUGUUAGACAGAGGAACAUAUAUAACUGGAACUUUACGGGCAAACAGAAAAGGAAACCCUAAAGAAAUAACAAAAAAAAAAUUGAAAGUAGGAGAAUGUAUUGGAAAGUUUACUAAUGAAGGCAUAUGUGUGAUGAAAUGGCGAGAUAGAAGAGAAGUUUUAGCUAUAAGCUCUGAACAUUCAAAUGAAUUAAUUGAAGUUUCUAACAGAAGAGGUGACCAAAAAUUGAAACCUGUUGCGAUUACUAAGUACAAUAAGUAUAUGUCUGGAGUUGAUAGACAGGACCAAAUGUUGUCAUAUUAUCCUUGCGAGAGGAAGACAAAAACGUAA